AUGGAUCAAUCCAAACGACCAGUCACUAUUUCGCCGGAGUUUCUCCUAUAUGCUGAAAAACAUUCCUUGUUUGAACUCUUUCAGCGCUGCAUAUCUUCGUUGCUUGUUGAGCGCCCAAGCGAUCCUAUUACGUAUCUGGUUGAUUUAUUGAAGAAAGAUACCGAUGCUCCAAAAAUCGUUAUCAUUGGUCCACCCUCGUCUGGCCGUAAAACACUGGCAAAAUUAUUGUGCAAAAAACUAAACACCAUCUUGAUACAACCUGAAGAUCUAUUAAGUGAAGCGCCAAGUAAACUGAAAGAUAAACUUCCACGAGAUCCAAGUUUAGAAAAUGUCUCAGCAACAUUAUGGGCUCAAUUAUACGAUGAACGCUUGAGAGAUUUCGAUUGUAUACGUAGGGGAUGGGUUAUUGUCGGGUUUCCAACAACAAGAGAACAAACAUUAGCCUUGCAAGCAAAGGGUGUUUGUCCAAAACAUGUAGUUUGUCUGGAAGCUCCAGACAAUGUCAUGGUGGAACGAGCUGCAGGAAAACGCGUUGAUCCUAGAACAAAAGAAAUCUAUCACAUUACAUGGAAUGCACCGAGUAGAGAUGUUGAAGAACGACUCGUUUUUCCAGAAGAAAGUUCAGAAAAAGCUAUGCAUAUGCGAUUAAAAGAUUAUAGAAGAAAUAUCGACGGUAUCAAAGAUUGUUUUAAAUCUGUGAGUCGCACAAUAAACGCCGAUCAGCCAAUGAAUGAUUUACUCUCACAAGCCUAUUCAUUUGUCUCGAAAAAAGCCCGCUCAGUUGCACCACGUACACCAAGAGUAGCUAUAUUAGGACCAACUGGUUCUGGAAGAAAAUCAGUUGCGGCACAAAUAUCAAGAAAAUAUGACAUACCAAUUGUAUCAAUUCCAACACUGAUAAAACAACAAGUUGUUAAUAAAACAGCUGUUGGAAAUGCCAUGAAACCUUAUGUAGAACGACAAACAUUUGUACCCGAUAGUUUAUUAUUGCAAAUAAUUCGUGAACGUUUAAGUCAAUUAGAUUGUGUGACAAAAGGAUGGAUACUUAUUGGAUUCCCGCGAACACGAGAACAAGCUGAAAGUUUAGCAAGAUCUGGUUUUCAACCAACUCGGGUAUUUUUCUUGGAUAUCCCUAUUGAUAUAGCCAUUGAACGAUUAACAAAUCGCCAGUUAGAUCCUAUCACUGGUGAACGAUAUCAUUCACAAGAUAAUCCACCAUCAACACAACAAACUAAGUCUCGUCUAAUUAAGCAUCAUCAGGAUGACGAAGAAAUUGUACGAAAACGUUAUCAGGCUUAUACUAUUUAUUUUGAUGAAUUGCAAGAAUUAUAUUCAGAUGCCUUACAUAUUAGCGCUGAUCAAGAUCCAUAUACCGUAUUUGAAGCAGUCGAAGCGGGUAUUGUUAAUCCAGUGUCUAAAGAUGGAAAUUAUUAA